AUGAAUAUGAAGUGUAUUAUUAUAUUAUUGUCGUUUAUCGUGUUUGUCAAUUCUAGUCAGCCAUGUAUUCAAAGAGACUACGGGUAUGGGUCGACAGUCUGUGUCUGUAAUCUAACACAUUGUGAUGAUUUGGAUGCACUCAAGAUCACCACCAAAGGUGUGGUCACUGUCUUCGAGACGAGUAAAAGUGGCGAUCGGUUGGAGAAAACAGAAUUGAAAUUCGGAGACAAUUCUGAGUUUAAUGCAAACAAAUCGCAGACAAUAACUGUUGACAAAAGUAAAGGCGUUUAUCAGAAGAUUGUGGGUUUUGGGGGCGCCUUCACAGACGCCGCCGGACUUAACAUCAAAACUCUUCCCGAAAAACUACAAAACCGUAUAAUUAGUGACUAUUUCUCUAAAUCCGGAAUUGAGUACAAUUUGGGACGCAUUCCCAUCGGAGGCUCAGACUUCUCGACCCAUGCCUACAGUUAUGACGACAAUAAUAAAGAUGACUUUGAUUUGAAACACUUUAGUUUGGCGAAAGAAGACCUUGAUUAUAAGAUUCCAGUAAUUAAAAAAGCCAAACAAAUUAACAGCGAUUUGAGAGUUUUUGGCAGUCCCUGGUCACCACCUGCCUGGAUGAAAAAUAAUUCAGAACUAAACCAUGGUGGAUACUUAAUAGGAGAGCCUGGUGGCAAGUACUAUAAAGCAUACGCAAACUACAUUGUUAAGUUUUUAGACUCAUAUAAAGCAUCGGGAGUUCCUAUAUGGGGCAUAACCGUAGACAAUGAGCCCAAUGCAGCAUUAUUAGAACCCGACUUUUCCUGGAAUAGUCUGAGUUUCACUCCAGAACUUGAACGGGAUUUCAUCAAAAAGGAUUUGGGACCCACUCUGGAGGCGGCCGGUUAUGAGGGAAGGAAUAGUCUGAGUUUCACUCCAGAACUUGAACGGGAUUUCAUCAAAAAGGAUUUGGGACCCACUCUGGAGGCGGCCGGUUAUGGUGUCAAUACAACCCAACUUAUGAUAUGCGAUGAUCAGAGGGAUUGGGUUCACACGUGGGCUAACACUAUAUACACCGAUAAAGAUGCGGCAAAAUAUGUGUCUGGAUUGGCGUUUCACUGGUACACAAAUAUCCUAAACCCUGAAAAUGCCCAAAACCUGGAUGUCGUACAUAAUACCGAUCCCAGCAAAUUCAUAUUGGCUACGGAGGCCUGUGAAAUGUAUUUUGGUAAAGAACAGCACGUAUAUCUGGGCAGUUGGCAGACCUUUGACAGAUACGCUAAAGAUAUAAUUAUCGAUUUGAAUCACUGGACGUCUGGUUGGGUUGAUUGGAAUAUGGCGUUGGAUACGGAGGGCGGACCCAAUUGGGCGAAGAACUUCGUCGACGCACCCGUUAUAGUGAACGCCACGAGUCAGGAGUACUACAAAAAUCCCAUUUUCUACGCUAUGGGACAUUACAGCAAAUUCUUGACUCCUGGAUCUCAACGGGUUUUCCAAACACAAGAACCCUCUGUUGACACACUGUUGUCAACCACUUUUGUGCGACCGGACGGGGGAACUGUAGUUAUUGCUCUUAAUUUGGGUGACGAACCCAUAGACAUAACUAUUGAUGACUUGGAAUCUAAGCAAAAAGUGACA